AUGGAUGAUGAAGAUUUAUAUGAUGAAUUUGGUAAUUAUAUAGGAGAUUCAUUAGAUUCAUCCGAUAAUGAUGAUGAUGAUGAAAAUCAAGAUGAUUUAUUUGCGGCAGCACAACCACCAUCAAUUAAUGAUAAUGAAUAUCUGCAAGAUGAAGAAGAAGAAGAAGAUGCAAAUGGAAAAUCCCAGUUAGUCAAGACCACUACAACUAACAGUAAUGAUACUGCAUUAGUUAAAACUAAUAUAGAUACAAAUCAAGCAGAAACUAUUUAUAUUCAAUCACAAACUCAAUCACUUUCCAAUCAACCAAUAAUUCAACCCAAUCAUGAAAAAACCAUGAAACUUGAAUAUUCAAUUGAUAAUAAUGAUCCACUUACUAAUAAUUUCCCAGAAGUAAAUUAUUCACGAGAUUAUUUAAUUUCUUUAUUAAAUCAAUCACCUGAAAGAAUUCGAAAUGUUUCAAUUAUUGGAGAUUUCCAAAGUGGUAAAACAUCUUUAAUUGAUCAAUUAAUCAUGUAUAUUCAUCCCAAAAUUAAUAUUAAAAAAUAUUUAGAUAAUCAUAAAUUAGAAAUUGAACGAGAAUUAACCAUAAAAUCAUCACCAAUAACAUUAUUAUUAUCAGAUCUGAAAUCUCGAUCACAAAUUUUAAAUUUAAUAGAUACACCCGGUCAUGUUGAUUUUGAAGAUGAAACCUUGGCAGCAUUAAAUAUUACUGAUGGAGUAGUAUUAAUUAUUGAUGCUGUAUUAGGGAUGACUAUACAAGAUCAAUAUUUAAUUGAUCAAGUGAUAAAACAAAGGUUAUCUAUGAUUAUAAUUAUUAAUAAAUUUGAUAGAUUGAUUUUGGAAUUGAAAUUACCAAUUAAAGAUUGUUAUUAUAAAUUAGUUGGAAUAAUUGAUGAUAUUAAUGAUUAUAUUAAAUCAAUCACCACCACCACUACCACCACUACCACCGAAAAGAAAAAGGAGUAUAAGUAUAAGUAUAAGUUUUCACCUGAUUUAAAUAAUGUUCUAUUUGCAUCAUCGAAAUUUGGUAUUAUAUUUAGUUUAAAAAGUUUUGCCAAAUUAUAUAUCACUAAACAAAAUUCAUUAAUGAAUAUUGAUCAAUUUAGUAAGAAAUUAUGGGGAGAAAUUUAUUAUGAUCCUCAAAAUCAUAAAUUUACUACUACUACUACUACUACUACUUCUACUACCACCACCACCAUUAACAACAACAACAACAAUAGCUUGAAACAUCUGUUUAUUUCAUUUAUAUUGGAACCUAUUUAUAAAAUUAUUACUUAUACAAUUACUAAUGAACCUACUGAUAAACGAUUAUCGAAAUUAUUAUGGGAAAAUUUCCGAAUAUCAUUACCUAAAUUUGAAUAUAAAAAAGAUGCUGAAAAUUUAUUAAAAUCAGUAUUUCAAACCAUUUUUAAUAAUUAUGAAUCAUUUGUUGAUAGUUUGAUUGAAAUGAUUCCGUCACCUGCUAAACAACAACCCAACAACUCUUUUUCUUCUUCUUCUUCUUCUUCUUUGUCUUCUGUGGACACAUUAGCUAGGGUGACGAAAUUAAUUGAAUCUAGUGAUGGGAAAUCAUUUAAUGCAUUAGUAAGAAUAUAUAAAGGAGGUUUAACCAUGGGAGAUAAAAUUAAAAUUUAUGGUGAAAAUUAUCAUGAAGAUAAAGAUGAUUAUAAAUUAGAAAUCAUUAAGAAAAUUUAUUUACCUGGUGGAAGGUAUAAUUUUCCUAUAAAUCAAGCAAGUUUAGGAAAUAUUGUUUUGAUUGAUGGUAUUGAUUCAAUAAUUAAAAAAGGGUCAGCUAUAAUAACCAAUGAAUCAACAAAUGAUACAAAAGAUAUUGAUAAAUUGUCUUUUGUUCCACCAUCCCCACCAAAAUAUACAAAUAAUUCAGUGUUUAAAAUUGCUAUUGAACCAGAAAUUCCAUCAGAAUUACCAAUUUUAUUAGAAGGAUUAAGAAAAAUUAAUAAAUCAUAUUUAUCAUCAAUUAUUAAUGUUGAAGAAAAUGGUGAACAUAUAAUAUUAACUAAAGGAGAAUUAUCAAUGGAUUGUAUAUUACAUGAUUUAAGAUUUUUCUUUUGUGAUGAUUUAGAAAUUAAAGUUAGUGAUCCAAUGGUGAAAUUUUCUGAAACUUGUAUUGAAAAUGGUUACAUUAGAACAUCAACAACGACAACAACAACAACAACAACCAACGAGGAUAAAGAUAAAGAUAAAGAUUCUUUAUUAUCGAUGACUAUAAUUGUUGAACCUAUUAUAGAUUAUAAAUUCAGUCAUGAUAUUGAAAUUGGGAAAUUAAAAUUUGAUAAUAUUGAUAUUGAUUCUAAACAAUUGAUCAAAAUAUUGAAAACAGAAUAUGGUUGGGAUUCUUUAGCUGCUAGAUCUCUUUGGGCAAUUGGACCAAUUAAUGAUUUACAAAAUCCUAGUAUUUUAUUAAAUGAUACAUUAAAUCAACACCAUCAACAAGACAACAACAACAUCAUUGAAUCAAUUAAAUCGUCGAUAAUUUCUGGAUUUAAAUGGAGUAUUAAUGAAGGUCCAUUAUGUGGAGAUCCAAUUCGAAAUGUUCAAUUUAAAAUCAUCGAUAUUACCACAAACAAUAAUAAUAAAACUACAACACUGGAUAAUAAUAAUAAUAAUAAUAAAUUAUUAUUAUCUCCAGCACAAAUAAUCCCAUUAAUGAGAAGAGCAUGUCAUAAUGCAAUCACUAAUGCCAUACCAAAAUUAAUGGAACCUAUUUAUCAAUUAAAUGUAAUUUGUUCAUAUAAAGCCAUCAAUGUUAUAAAACAUUUAUUAUUAAAUAAAAACCCACAACAACAACAACAACAACAACAACAACAACAACAACAACAACAACAACGACGUGGUGAAAUUGAUACUGUAACCCCAAUACCAGGAACACCUUUAUUUUCUAUUAAAGGUUAUUUACCAGUAAUUGAUUCAAUUGGGAUAUUAACUGAUAUUAAAUUAAAUACUCAAGGUCAAGCUAUAGGAUCAUUAAAAUUUAAUUAUUGGGAAAUUGUUCCUGAUGAAUUAAGUGAAGAAUUUAUAAUUAAAACCAGGAAAAGAAAAGGUAUAUAA